AUGGGUGAUGCCGAGGAUGCCCCCGAACGCAAGGAUCAUCUCGAACAUGAGGAUCAUCCGGAAGCCACCGCCGAGGAGGAAAAGCCCAUCAAUUUUGAAUGGACUCCUGAACUUGCCAAGAUUGGAACUUCUCGUGGGGACAUACAUUCAUCGAUUGGUCCCCACAAAUUUCACGAGAAUGGGUACCGGGACUACACGUACCGGCUUGGUAUGACCCUGCCAGACCCUGCUGAUACCCGAGAGUGUCUGAGAUGGGUUGGACUAUCCGAUAAAAAAAUCAUUGAGGUUGAACGGAAGUUUAAUGAAAUAUAUCCAGAUUUUCAAGCACCUAGCUGUGGAUAUGACAAUAAAGUUUCCACCAAGGGUUUCAGCGAUAUUACCUUCCCUUUGAUUGAAGGAAUGGUAGAUUUGUUCAUGCAAGGAGUCCAUGAUGAUAAGGAGGAUGACUAUGAUUACACUACUCAUAAGGGCUAUAUCGAGAAGGGCAUACAGCUCGGACUCCGGCCGGAAUUUGCGAUAUUUUGUGGGCUACAUGAGACCGAUCCCCGAGCUAUUGAUGAACCCCAUCUAUUCGAGGAACUAUGGUUUGCUAUCAAGAGCCCACAUAGCGCUAUCGAUGAGACCAUCAUCCCAUUUUGGAUGCAGCUUAAAGAAUUUAUGGGGACGAAAUUGUUAUAUGAGGGAAAGGCAUGGUCGAAUUAUGGAAGAUGGGUAGUCCGUGAAGGCGAAAGCUUAGAUCAAGCAAAAGCGAGAGUGGAUGACCGAGAGCGUCAGAGGCUGAAAGAGGAAGCGAUAAAGGAAUAUGAAGCGAAGUUGGAACAUGAGCAACAAAAGAGGGAUAGAGAGGAAAGGGAAGAUUUAGCAAGAUGGGCAGAGGAAGACAGACUGGAGGCGGAGAUACUUAAGCAACAAAGCGGCAUAGCUGUGGAGCGGAAGAAUGAGGAAUAA